CCUCCUCUCUCUGCUCUGCAGAACCUGCGUUUUCCUCUGUCAAUCAUUAAGAAAAUGCAGCACUUCCUCCAGUAUCUGGGCUGCUUCUUUGCUUUCUUCUCCGCCGGGUUCCUGAUCGCGGCCACCUGGACGGACUGCUGGAUGGUGAACACCGAUGACUCCCUGGAGGUGAGUGCCACGUGCCGUGGUUUGUGGUGGGAAUGUGUCACCAACGCGUUCGAUGGGAUAACCACUUGUGACGAAUACGACUCCAUCUUUGCCGAGCACCCGGUGAAACUGGUCCUGACCCGGGCGAUGCUGAUCACUGCCGACGUCCUGGCCGGCCUGGCGUUCGCCUUCCUCCUCCUGGGCCUCGACUGCGUGAAAUUCCUAACGGAGGAGCCCCGGAUCAAGACCGGCAUCUGCUUCGUCUCCGGAUUGAUGCUGAUCCUUGGAGGUGUCCCUGGCCUCGUCGGCUCUGCCUGGUACGCCAUCGGUGUCUACGUGGAGCGCUCCACCCUGGUCCUGCACAAUGUCUUUGUGGGCAUCCAGUACAAAUUCGGGUGGUCCUGCUGGCUGGGCCUGAGCGGCGCUCUGGGAUGCUUCUUAUCGGGCGCUUUGUUGACCUGCUGCAUGCAGCUCUUCAGAGGUGCGGGAUCCGGCAGGUACUCCUCUUUCGGCUCCUUACGGAAGGCUCGCCUCCCUCCUGGAAUGAUGGCAACCGGCCUGCCCCACCCAUCCUGGCAGACACCCACCGCCCAAAUGUACGCCAUGGACACCCGAGUGUGA